AUGAAGCAGUCGCACUCAUCACCUCCUGCUUCGGACCAACAUUCGCUUGAUUUUGGCUGUGAGGACCUACUUAAUAUUGCAUGCAGAACCUUCACUUUGAGGCCCUUCAACCCUUACUUCGUUCACGCGAGCUCACCCAUUGCACGUGGCCUGUACAUUUUGCUCGUUAUCUUCUGUAUCGUCGGUGAAGCUCCAAGUCACAACUUUGAACGCACACUCACAAUGUUUGUAAUUUUUCGCUGGUACAUACACUCACUUGAGGCCCUGAUUGCUUCGCCGCACACCAUCUUGACGCUGAGUGAACAUUUCGCGCACACUCGUGGGAACUAUCCGCACCGGACACUGAAGUUCUGCCAAAAAUGCUAUCUUCUGCUGUCGUGGGGGUGGUUUAUGAAGGAUUCCGAUGCUCCGCCUCGUAGCGAAUCACGGAGGUUAUGGCGUUUGGAGGUGAUAGGAAGGAAACAGCGGAAGAAAAAAUGUUCUUACGGAGAUCUAGUGGAAAAGGAGAACUUCUGGAUCGGCACUGGCAUCAGAACUUGCUACAACUGUCUCAUUGGUUACCCUUCUGGAGGUUCAGUGUUCUCACCAGUUGGUAGGAUUGCAUGUACCUUGAGCUUGGCCUUGACGAGAUUCCAUGUUAUUUCCGGGCUUCUUGCUUUUGGUGUUGGGGAGUUAGAAUGGGUUCAGAAGACUCGAGCGGAUGGGAAUUUCUUUUCUGCGGGGAAUGGUCUUUAUACAGGCACACAGGAUGGACGUUUGUAUCUAUCUUCGAUUUUCUAUUCAUUAAUAGAAGGUGUUAUUCUAAUCUUCCGAGCAGUGUACUUGGCAGUUCUGUUUUUGCCAUCCAUUUUGAUGGCUCCAUUCGCAGAUACCUUUGGUGUUGAAUUCAGAAAGAAAUGGAUUUAUCUUGUCCAUAUCACUCUUGAACAAGCAGGGCCAGCUUUCAUAAAAUGGGGACAGUGGGCAGCCACGCGACCAGAUCUCUUUCCUAAUGACCUCUGCACGGCACUUUCAGAACUGCACAGCAAAGCUCCUGCUCAUAGCUUCACCUACAGUAAGAUUACUAUUGAAAAAGCAUUUGGUCGGAAGCUUUAUGAGAUCUUUGAGCAGUUUGAGGAAGUACCUGUGGCAUCUGGUAGCAUAGCACAAGUGCAUCAAGCUUCUCUGAUGUUUCAGUAUCCAGGUCAGAGGCUGAGUAAACCUAUUUCAGUUGCAGUGAAGGUUAGGCAUCCUGGGGUGGGUGAGUCUAUAAAGAGGGAUUUCACAAUUAUUAAUUUUUUCGCAAAACUUUCAAGCUACAUCCCUGCUCUUAACUGGUUACGACUGGAUGAAAGUGUUCGUCAGUUUGCAGUGUUCAUGAUGUCCCAAGUAGAUCUUUCAAGGGAAGCUGCUUAUUUGAGUAGGUUUAUAUACAAUUUUCGCAGGUGGAAGGAUGUGUCUUUCCCAAAACCCCUUUACCCUCUUGUGCAUCCUGCGGUUCUUGUGGAGACAUUUGAGCCUGGAGACUCUGUGGCUCGCUAUAUUGAUGACCUUGAUGGCAACACACGCCUUAAAAGAGAUCUUGCACAUAUUGGUACACAUGCACUCCUCAAGAUGCUUUUGGUGGAUAAUUUCAUCCAUGCAGACAUGCAUCCUGGAAAUAUCCUUGUUAGAGUGCCCCAAAGAAAACGGUCAAGAAAAAGAAUCUUUAGAACGAAACCUCAUAUCAUCUUUCUUGAUGUUGGCAUGACUGCCGAGCUCUCUAAAAGUGAUCGUCGUAACUUGUUGGAAUUCUUUAAGGCUGUUGCUCUCCGAGAUGGACGCACAGCUGCAGAAUGCACAUUGAGAUUGUCAAGAAGGCAAAGUUGUCCUGACCCAAAGGCCUUUAUUGAG